GCCUCGAGGUGUGUGCACAAGCGCGUGCACAUUCACGAUCAGCAUAUAUACAGCUGUGACAGAGGAUCUCCCCACAGUUGCUCUGCCAUCAUGGAUCUAAAGGUCAUCUUCAUAGUUGUUUGUCUGAGUUCUGUGGCCAUCAUCUCCACUGACGCUGGCAUCCCAAAAUGCUGCAUCAGAACAAGAGAAAUUCACCUUAAAAGGUUUGUGAAGAUGGAAAGAUGGGAGCGGCAGUACAGCACUGGAGCCUGCGACAUUGAUGCUCUCGUAGUGUACAUAAAGGGCCUGCUGACACCACUAUGUGUUCAUCCUAAAUGGGAAAGGCGCCUGCCGAAGAUUCUGAGCGCGAUGAAAAGACUGAGACAGAACAAUCUUGGGAAAUACUAAGUUGUGGAACAAAUACUUUACUCUGUCCAAUGAGUGGUGACAAUUUUUAAGAGUUUUACAAGCUCUCUUAGUUGCUUAAAAUAUUCAGGUUUUUCUUCUACUUCUAUGAGUGAUGGAAAUAAUGUGAUGUUUUUUGGGUUAGUGUAUUUAAGUAAAGUAGGGAGGAAAUUUUUUGGACUACAGUGUAUCUAAACGGUAUACCAAUGACUUCCCUACACUUCUCUGAUUGCUUUCCAAGAUAAAGAUGCAAGAUCAGUUAAAGACCAGGAUGUAUCAUUAUUACUAUGGUGAACGUGGGUCAGCUAAUACUGUCAGCUCUCGUACUCAAUAUUUCAUAUGUAUUAACCUCUAACAAUGAGCAGAGUUAAAUAGAUGUUCUGUGCUUUGUAGUAUUGAAUAUUACUGUUUCUGCUUGAGUUUAGACAGCUUAUAUUUGUAUCUUACCUUGACAUUCAAAAUGUGACUCAUGUUUUUCUGUUCUGUUGAGUGUGUCUCCAAAUCAGUAACAUAUUUUAAAAUGUUAACUGUAUAUUUAGAUCUUAUUUGGUUUUAUAUUGUAUUUUAUGUUUUUGCAAUAAAUCAAAAUAUU